AUGACGGACAUGACAACUAUGCAGGCGAAGCUCAAUCUCUUUUUGGAGAAGGUGGAGAAACUGUUUGACAAGAUGGAGACAAGGUUCGAUAAGCUCGACGAGAAGCUUGACUCUUUUCUGGAAGCUUCUAAGAGCUUUGAUGUACCGGAGCUGAAACAACCGAGACUAAACGAUGAAGCACCAAAGGCAACAACAGAAGACGUACACAAGAUAGAGGAGAUUUGUACAGACCAUGUGGAGCUGAGGGAGAGCUUGGUGAUGGUUCCAGAAAAACAAAACCACAUGGCGGAGGAGAAAGAGCCACAACAGAAUCUGAUGUUGGAGCCAAAAAACAGAGACCAACCACAAGCAGAAGUUGACAUCAAUCUUGUUAUAUUCAAUGAUGUCUUGUUGGUGGGUUUGAGCCAUGUCUUCGCCAAUGAUUUGAAUUAA